CGCCUUCCCCCGCCUCCCAUUGGCCGCAGAGCCCGCCCGUAACCGCCCUUAACCAAUCAGCGCCGGGCUCGGAGCGCUGGGGCGGAACCAAAGAAGAGCGCGGGCGAUGGAGCGGGUGAGGCCUGAGGGGUCCGGAAGGGAUCGAGGGGAGGCAUUUGGGGGAUCCUGGAGUGGAAUUUGUGGGGGUUCGGCGGGGCCUGGCGUCACUCCCCCCUCCCCCCCGCAGAGGUUCAGCCUGGAGCAGCGAACGGAGCGUCUGGUGCAAAGGAGCCAGGCCCUGCUCGGGCCCCGCCCCCGCGGGCCAGAGAGGGCGAAGCCUCCGCUUGGCUCAGCCCCCUGCAGCUCCACCCUCGAUGACCCCCUCGAACGAUGGCGCUUGAGGCGGUGCCGUGGGGAGGAGACAGCGCUGGACACGCCCCUGGUAGGCGGGGCCCUGCUGGGCUCCGCUGCUCCCCAGGGUGCCCUGCCGGGAGUGCCACAGGGGCGGUCACGUGACCCACCGGGGGGCCUGCAGGGGGCCGUGCCCUGGGAAUCACGUGACCCCCCUGAGGCCCUUUGGCCAAUCAGGAGACACUUCCGCGAGCACCAGGCGGCGCCUUCACCCCAGGCCAUCUCCCAGGAACCCUUAUGGCAGGAGCCCUGUUGGAGGUCACAUGACUCCCACAAGGCCCUCUGGCCAAUGAGGAGCAGUUCUCCGGAUACCCUGCGGGGGGCACUAUACUCACAGUCCCGUGACGCCCACGAGGCCCCAUGGGAAAUCAGCAGCAGCUGCUGUGCAUCUCUGCACCAGGGGGCGCCACCCGGUGGAAAGCGAGGGUCCCACGAACCUUUGCGGCAGGAGCCAAUUUGGGGGUCACAUGACUGCCUCGGGCAUCUGCAGUGUGUGCCCUGGUGGGAGUCACGUGACUCCCAGGGCGCCCCGCGAUCUGCACCGGAGGCGCUUCCUGAGCCCCUGCGGCGGGGAGGGCCGGGCUUCAGGUCACGUGACCGCUGUGAGGCCCCUCAGCCAAUCAGGAGCAGUGCUCAUGAUGCCCUACAGGAGGCGCCGUUGCAGGAGCCACUGGGCCCUCUGGGGGACCCCCUCCUCUGGAUGCUGCGAUGCCACCGCCGGGCGAUAAGCGGACGCCUUCGGGCCAUCGAGACCCUCCUGGAAUGCCCACCUGGGCACCCCCAACCCAUGUACCGCGGGGCCCUAUGGAACGCCUUCAGAAUCGGGACUGCGUUUCCCGUCAUGCCCCGUGGUCCCUGAGAGCCCGUCAGAGCCGCGACUGUCCCCAAGUACCGUCCCAGCUGCUCCCCAAGUGCUUGCCUGAACCGGCUGCAGGGGAAUCUCUGCUCUGGCACCUGCAGCUUCUCCUCACCUGGGGAGCUGCUCAAGGAGGAGGGACAACAGCAGUGAAAGGGACUUGGGACCAAAGGAGGCAUCAGCAGAGCAAGAAGCAUUUCCCAAGCUGUAGCAGCUUCAGCACCCAUUCCACUCUGUCAAUGGAACUCAAAACGGGAGAUCAGGGUGAAGGAUUCAGCUGAAGAUUCCAACGGCCCCCUCACCACCCCUCAGAGGCGAGGAAGAAAGAGGAAUUGUGCGCCUUUUUUCCUUCUUAAAUACGUCAUCACAGAGGCAUUGCUAAAUUCUCUAAUUGGGCCAGCCAGUAUGUCAAUUGUCAGAAUCUUUAGGGAUUGGUUCUGCUGGAUAUAGUAGAAGUUUUGAGGAGCUUCUCUCUCAGAAGCAGCCUCCGCCCCCACUAAAAGCCAAGUUGUGUUAACCUAACACAUCCUUGAACCUUGGACCCUGAGAAAAGUUGAAGAAACCUCUCGAGAAGCCAGAUUCAAACUGUGAAGUUUCUUGUAGUUCUAAUGGGUCCCACUGAGGGACUCUACUGAGAAAACAUCCCAGAGCACAAAGCUGGAGGCAGUGGUGGCAGGUCACACAGUCACAGAAUCACUGAGUCAUUAAGGUUGGAAAAGACCUUCAAGAUAAUUUAGUCCAACGGUCAACCCAACACCACCAUAAUCACCAUAUCCCCAAGUGCCACAUUCAGGUACCCCUUGAACUCUACCACCUCCUUGGGCAAACUUUUUCGGUGACUGAACACUCUAAUAGUAACAUUGUUUUCUAAUAUCUGAUUUGAACCUCCCCUGGCCCAACUUAAAGCCAUUUCCUCUUGUCCUGUCACUUGAGACAGGGCAGAAGAGACUGAAGACCACCUGACUAAAACUUCUCUUCAGGCAGUUGUUGAGAGCAGUGAGGUUCCUUUUGAGCUUUCUCUUCUCCAGACUAAGAAACCCCUUAGCUGUUCCUGGCAAGAUGUGUUUUCUAGAGGCUUCCCCAGCUCCACUGCCUUCUCUGGACUCGCUCCAGCUCCUCAAUGUCUCUCUUGCAGAGCUUCUUGCCAGAACUGGACACAGGACUUAAGGUGGCACCUCAGUAGUCCCAGUGCAGAGGGACAAUCACUGCUGGCUGAUCCAGGCCAGGUGCCACUGGCCUUCUUGUCCACCUGGCAAAAAAAAUCCAUCUGGCUCAAAUCCAGCUGGCUGCCAACCAGAACCCCCAAAUUCCUUCCCACUGAGCAGCUCUCAAGCCACUCCUUCCCCAAGUCUGGAGCAUUCCGUGGGGUUGUUGUGACCCAAGGACAGGACUUGGCACUUGGCCUUGUUGACCCUCACACCGUUGUCUUCAGCCCAUUGAUCCAGCCUGUCCUGAUCCCUCUGCAGAGCCUUUCUGCCCUCCAGCAGACCCACACUCCUACACGAGUUGGUGUCAUUUGUGAACUUAGCAUGACUUCCGCUUGAUCCCCUCAUCCAGAUCAUCAAUAAAGAUGUUAAACAGGACUGGCCCCAACCCAACACUGACCCCUGGGGUCACCCACAAGUAAUGGGCUAUUAUGGAUAGAGUGGAAGCUUCAGACAAGCCCUGUCUUAGGCUAAGAUUUUUGGGUAGAGCUUGAAUUGGGUGGCCUGCACCUAAACCACUCUAGCUCACAAAUUGUAAGAGUGGCAGGUCAGGUCUAUUGUAUAAUGAGUUAUUUAUUGAAUAGACAGGAGAUAACAGACAAAAGGUCUUGAACAGAGUUACUUACUACACAGUAUAAAACAACUACUAGUGAAACAGUGCACAACACUAAGGUACCUAUAUUAAAGCUAGGAAAGAAAUAGUAUCGAUUAAGAGUCAAUGUAACUUACCACCAAACUGGCAAGAGAGUGCAGAGUCCUUUCACUCAACCUUUGAGAGAGUAACCACAAAACCAGCAUCCCAACUUUGGGGAAAAAGCCCCACACAUUUCCAGGGAAUGUGCAGAAGAUGUCUGCUUUGUGAAAAUUUGGUGUAACUUUAAUAGACUGUGAAGUAAAGUGUCUGUUAGAAAUUCCAGCUUAUCUUUCCACAAUCUUGCUUCCACAUCAAGAUGUUUAUUGUCAGCUAGAAGUGUCAUUACCAUGGCAUCCGAAUAACCAUGAGACAAGCGGUCUUAAGCAAUUUAUUUCACCAAUUAGGAAGCUCUUGUGGUGGGUGUAAGAGCCAACAGAGAGAUGGGGACUUCAGAUGGUUUUUCUUUCUAAUCGUGUUUAUUCUAUAGCUUAGAUUACAGCAGGGGGUCAUGGGUCAGCCUAAAGCUGCUAGCAACAGGCAAGCCCUGUGUCCUGAAGCCCACUUAGUUCUGGUUACAGUGCAUUAUAUCUCUUUCUUUUUCUGUGCAUAUUAUUACAUAACAACCAAGCAGCAUCAUACACAAUACCUUUACAUGUACAUAUAUCCUAUCAAAACUGCUAAAAUUACCAUACUAUGUUAGGGCCUAACUAAUCAUCUGAGUUAGUAAUUACAUGUUAAACUUUGAAACUUGUUUUGCAGUGGAAAAUUCUUUUUGCUUUGGUGGAAAAUAUCUUUCUGUCUGUCUGUGCUUCUUUACUUGGUAGAAAACAUGCUUUGUUUGAAGACCACUUAACCUGUUGGACUUUAGCCAUAAAACUUCCUUCUAACUGACAGAACCUUUGCUCUAAGCCUUCCAACUUGACUAAACCUUUGUUCUUUCAGCUGUUUCAGCAACAGCUAUCCCUAAAAACAGUUUUUUAUAUAUCAAAGCUUGCUUUCAUUUCUAAAGAACCUUCUGCUAAGCAUUCAUAUCCAUAAAAUUUGUCUGUUAAACUCUCAUCCUUCCCAACAGCGGGGAACGCACCGACCCCAACUCGAUUUAGUUCCAUUCCCCGCCACUUUCUGGGCAUCAGCCAGUUUUUCACCCAGCAAGCUGUUGCCCUGUCCAAUCCAUGAGCAGCCAGCUUCUCCAGUGUCAUAAGCUUUACUGAUGUCUGUAAACACACAUCCACAGCCUUUCCCUCAUCUACUGAGUGGGUCAUUCUGUCACAGUAGGACCUGCCUUCCCCAGCCAUGCACUGUCUUGGCCCGAUCUCCUGGUUGUCCUGCACAUGCUGUAGGAUAGCACUCAGGAUGAUCUGCUCCAUGGCCUUCCCCAGUACAGAGGUCAGGCUGACAGGCUUGGAGUUCCCUGAAUGUAAUGUCCCGGUUGUGGGUGGGGAGACAAAAAUCCACAACUCAUGCUCCAGGUGCUCAUGAGACAAACACCUUUUAUUAUUCAGAACUUACUUAAAUACCCAGUUCAAAUCUCCUGGGCUAUACAGCCAUUGGCUGAGAUCUUUCUCCCUGCCCAGCUUCCUGGUCAGUGGUGUGUUUACUUCUCACCUUGAAUGGGGCUGGCUGAGGGUCCCCUGUAACUUCUCCAGGGACAUGUUCAGGCAUGAACUAGGCUAGCUGAAUAGGAUUUGUGUUAUGGUCAGAUUCACUUUGUCCGGUGCAGGCCACCUGUACUGUGACAAUACCGUGACACCUGAAUCCUCCUUCCAAUCCUUCUGAUAGAUGGGCAUCACAUUGGCUGAUUUCCUGUCAACAGGAACUCCUUCAGUUUACCAGAGCUUCUGAGAAACUAGUGAAAUCAGCUUGGCCAGCUUUCUCCAGCUCCCUCAUGUGCAUCUCAUUUGUGCCCAGGGACUUGUGCGUGCAUGUGUGUGUGUGUGUGUGUGUGUGUGUGUGUGUGUAUGAUUGGCAGAGCAGAUCACUGACUGUUUCCUCCU